CGCUCGAGCGACAAUCAGGCCACGACGGCGCGGCUCACAACCAAGCAAAACUCGGCAGCAUGCCCAGAAAUUUUUUAUUCCGUGCCAGCAGCAGCGCCGCUUUUUUACACCGAUAUUAUUUUAUUCUCGGCCGUCAUCUCGGCCGCGAGAGGUGAUUUCGAGUCUCACACCGGACACGACCAACCCGUUCCCCCGAGAACAAAAAAGAAAAUUUCAAGUGUGUUUCUCCAGAGGAAGAAGACGAGUCCCCGAAACGGCCCCUUGGGAUUAAUUGCAGUGCGUCGUCCUGAAAAAAACUGGUCUGUGAGUUGAAGAAAUCAUGUUUGAAGAAAAAGUGUGGCCCCGGGGCCGUGCAUGAUUUGCGGGCCCCGACGAGGGCGGUGGUGGCGCACACGCUGCUUGAAGGGGUUGCACAAAGGGGGUGCGGACGAACGUCAGACCGGCCGCUGCCGCAACCACACUCAUCCCUUGUGACUCACUCGGGCCCAGCAUGGAUCCGGCGCGCGACUUUGAAUCGCUCCAAAUCAAGACCAAAAGCAUCGAGCAAACUCUGCUGCCUCUUGUGAAACAGAUAUCAACGCUGAUCAGCCACCACAAUGAGUGCACGUCGGCGCAGGGUCUGGGGCUCACCUCUGCCAGGGUGUUGCGGGCCGUCGCCAGAGUGGGCCAGGCGGUCAAUUUGGCCGUCGACAGAUUCGUCACGGUCGGCGAGACCAUCGCGGACGACAAUCCAGAAAUCAGGGACGACAUGUACGGGUCCUGUAAAGAAGCUCGGGCGGCAGGGUGUUCCAUAGAGAAACUGUGUCAGGUGGCGAUGACGGACAGUCUGACUGACAGAGGCUCGGUAGUGCGGGCCGCCAGGUGUCUUUUGGGCUCGGUCACCAGGGUGCUGCUGCUGGCCGACAUCGUGGUCGUCAAACAACUCCUCCUAGCGCAAGACAAGGUUGCCCGUUCCUUAGGCCGGCUCGAGGGCGUGAGCAACUUCACAGAAUUCGUCAAGGCCUUCUCGCAGUUCGGCGCUGAGAUGGUGGAGCUGGCACACCUGACCGGCGACAGGCACAACGACCUGAAGGACGAAAGGAGACGGGCGCAGAUGGCGGCGGCGAGACAAGUGCUCGAGCGAUCCACCAUGAUGCUGCUCACAUCGUCCAAGACGUGUCUGCGACAUCCAGAGUGCCUGAGUGCGCGCGAGAACCGCGACACCGUUUUCUGCCAAAUGCGCAGAGCAAUGGACCUCAUUCAUUACGUGGUCAAGGACGGCGUCCUCGACUGCGCGGCUCAGGUGUCUGCGGCGGCCGCAGCGGCUAACUCGGUGGACCCCCUCGGUAGUUUUCAGGACCCCCAGACAGCGGCCGAAAUUGCUCACAGAUCAGCAGAGGAGGACUGGGACGCGAGUAGAACGGUAGUAGGUGCCCUGCGGCAUUUUGAGUCGUUAAUCGAGCUGACAAGGCUGACGGCGGUAGGGGGCAGUGUGACCGUGUCAGGGGGCAUGGCAGCGCCUCGAGAAAGACUGGCCGGCUCGUUGGAACAAGCCAUCGAAAGGUGCCAGGACUUCACAGACUCGGCCUACACCAGUCACGAACACAGGGAGAACAUCCUCAUGCUUUGUGACCGGGCGAAAAUGGAGCUUUCACAAAUGCUUAGGAACUCACACAUGUUGGAUGGGACGCAACCCGCAGCACCAGACACAAAUCCCGACGUCGAGGGCAGCCAGCAAGGCGUUCUGCGGGCGACUCGCGAGCUGCGUGCUCAGCUGCAGGCCACCACGCUGGCGCAAAGUGCAGACUUGGGCAACGUGGCUCGGGCGGGGGUCGAACUCAUGUCUUGCGUGCGCAACUCGGCCCUCGCUUCGGACACUGAGAGACUGGAAGAGGCCUCGGCCAAGUUCAACGAGCAUCUCGAGCACGUGCUAGAAAUAUGCAAAAUGCUGCGGCACGUAGCAAACACUGACGCCCUCCAGGUGUAUGCGAAAUACACGGAAAUCAACCUACGAAUCUACGGACCUCAGGUGGUAACUGCUGCUCACACACUGGCUCUUCAUCCUACCUCAAAAAUCGCAAAAGAAAACCUUGAAGUGUUCGCGGACAUGUGGCACGGUUUGAUGUCGGACGUGACGACGGUGUCGCGGGACGUGAGUGACUCGUGUCGACUGCGUCAGGGCGACAAGCAGGUGUACAUGUCGUUGCCGCGGCCAGGCAAACACGGAACGACAAGUAAAGCACUGAAACCGUCAAUAUUGGACUCAGAAGAGCAAGCAAAAAUCGCCAAGGCCGGCCUGGAAAUGAAGCUUAUCACGUCUGAAAUGGACGCGGAAACUGACAGGUGGCAGCAAGAGGGUGCUCAUUCGGGUAACUCUGGCGGUCAGGGCGGCCAAGGGUCGGCGAUGGAGCAUGAAAACAACGAUAUUGUCAAGAGGGCGAAAAAUAUGUCUUCCAUGGCUUUCAGUAUGUACCAGUUCACUCGGGGUGAGGGUGCCCUGAAAACGACGCAGGACCUGUUCACGCAGGCCGAGUACUUUGCAGAGGAGGCCAACAGACUGUACAAGGUGGUGCGUCAGUUCAGCUACCAGGUGCCGCAGGGAGGCCCGAAGAAGGAGCUCCUGGCGCAGCUGGACGGGGUGCCCACGCACGUCCAGCAACUGCAGUUCACCGUCAAGAUCUCGACCGUGGGCAAGGCGGCCACGUUCAACAAAGUCGACGCCGUCAUCACGCAGACAAAGAGCCUGAUGAACGUCAUUGCUAAAGUUGUCUCCACUUGCUUCAUGUGCGCGACUAAAUACAACCUUGACUUCCGAGGUCUGGACGGCUCCGGCAACAGUCGCAACUCGUCGGGCGGUGGCAACUCCUUCGGACGAGACGACGAUGGUGGAGGCGGCGGCGGCGGUGCCGACGGCGGCAAGAUGGGGGCGGGCGGAGGCGGCGAUCCGAGCAUAUGACAGUUGGGGAUGGCUCGGAGGAGCAAGGGCGACUCUCGACGCACGAGGGUCGGAUUCUUGCUGUUCUAAGCCAUCGCCCAAAGUCAAAACUGAGGAGCUUCUUCCUUAUCAAAAAUUCUCUCGAGAUUUUCUCCAAGUCAUUUAGGGCCUGUGCAGGCGCUCGUCGAUAUAAACACACACAUUUUUAUCAAUUAUCCCAAGCAGAAAACUAAACUUGUGCACUUGUUGGCAGCACACAAGGACUUUUCACAGAAAUACGAAAAAAAACUCACACAUUUAUUGAGGAGAGGAAAGUGUCAAUUUUUGCAUGCUCAGAAUCUUCGCCGUGGCUAAUUUUGUAUUCAGAAAGAAAAAAUAAUGAUGUGUUUUGUGUUUAAUUUCUUUUUUAAUAAGUGAGAGAUCAGAACAGAGUACUUACAGCUGUCAAGUGUCAAGUGACGAGCUCUGGAUUUUGGAACCUAUUAAAGAUUAAAAUAUAAUAUGUUUACCAAUUGCUCACUGAUUAAAUUUUUAAUAGAGAGUUGAAAACAAAUUUGCACCAAAAAAUGGCCCAAUCCAGAGCACGUUUCUUUAUAGGUAACGAUUUUUAGGAGAGGUAGCCUAAUUUCAAAUCAGGGACUACAGAAGCUGCUAUAUGUAUUAUGUAAAUGGAAAAUUUGAGCUUAUACGAGAAUCUUUCAAAAUGUAUUUAAUAUAUAAAAUGGUGCUGUGUGUGUUAGUUUAUGUCUCUAGAUAUCAAUUAAUUAAUUAAUUGUUCAGGAAUUAAUUCUCGUCAACUCGCCACAGGGCAGACUGUAAGAAACUAUAUAAAUGUGAAGUUUUUAUAAUUUUAUUAUUUAAACAAAAAUCGUGUCUGUGGAGCGAGUCGGUUAUUUUUUAACAAGUACAAAAUGGGAGAAAUCAAACCAAGAGUUGUUUAUUCAUUAAUUUUGUGUCAUGUCGUGUAUUAGCGCUCAAAUUAUACAGUAAUAAAUUGUGUAUUCCAUUCUCUCUGCUGUAAUAGUAUGACUCUCUAAAAAAAAAAAAAACUUGUACUCGAGCACACACUCACUCACUUUGUAUCCCAAUAGUGUUCACCUGCAUAUCAUACGAAAAAAGAAGUUAUUUUUGUGUUCAAUAAUAGUGCUGCAGCUUUUUGCAAAACUCGUUCACAACAAAUCUCUCUCUCAUGUAACAUAGACUGACUUGGAUACCCUGCUUCAAUUCUCAAAAAUCUUUCUCAUUCAUAGCAAAAUGCUUUUGAAAGAAAUCGUAUUAUAGAACGCAUGCUUUUUGAAAAAAAUACUAAAAUUCCUUCAGUAGCAGAGAGCGAAUUUUGAAUUCGUUUCAAGCAGAUAGCAAUCACCUAAAAUUAAACAGGAUUUUAAGGAGGCAAUAUUCACUUAAUACUGUUAUAUUCCUCAAAAAAACAGUCUUUCAUGCUAGCAAAGCUUAGAAUUAACAUCCAAUCAUAAGUCCAGUUUUUAUAAAAAAUCGGACCAAAAUUUGCGCUUAUUUUUUCUAAAUUUCUCAUUGAAUGAAAACUCAUCUACAUUUGUAUCACUCGUCUCCUUCGCCCCUUUGUGUGAUGAUAGACUAACCUUUUUGUUUUUGAAAAAGGUCGUUUUGAAACUAUAUGAAAGGUGCUUAGUGUUGUUUGUGGCGUAACCCAAUGGCCAGUAAUUUUGACAUUCAUAUUAUUUGGUGGCCUGAUAAAGCUCAAUGUUUAGAUAAAAGAGAGAUGUGCUGCUUUUAGUUUCCCUCACUCGGUAGCAAAAGGCACGCAGGAUGUGCACGAAUUUGUUUACAUUAAAUAGCAAAUCCGCUACAGUGUGAGGCCUUCCAUGUGAACACCAAACAGUAAAGGCGGUUAAGUUAAUUAGAAUUCAGGAGAGGAUUUAACAAAAAAACAUUGUUUUUCUUCCAACAGGGGUAGACAAUAAUAAGAAGUGAAGCGAUCCUAUUCCUAGAAAGAAAGGCCUCAUGCUCUAGAUUUAAAUUUGACAAUAAUUAAAAGGUAUUCAAAUUGUUAUUAACUCUUAAAUUAAAUUACAAGUGAGCACUUUGAGUUAAAAAUUGGUUAGAUGAGCUGCAAACCUUUCAUGAAUUCAUUGUUGAUGUGUGUAGCCCUUUUGUGUAUUUACGCAUUGCAAUGGAGAGAUCAAAAUAAAUGUGUAUAUUUCAGGAUAAAACUAACUGUAUAGACAAAUGGAUCCCUGCCCACAAAGUUUGUAAUGGAGUGCCCAACUGUGUGUAAAAUUCAGGUCAUCAGGUGUAAAGUGUAGGCGAUGUACAUGUUUUUUGCAUAAUUUUUUAUAAUCAAAGUAACCAUAUUUGUAAAUGAUGAUAUAUUCGCAGUCUCAGUAUUGAACAAAAUCUAGAUGUGAACUUGUGGACGAGGAUACAAAUUUUGUAUGUUUCAAUCGUGCAUGUUUGUGCUGGUUCAUCAAUCAAUAUAAUAUAUAAAUUGUAUAAUUUCUCAAUGUGAUUGACGCACACAUGUUGCAGUUUAGGGGUGGGUAAUAAAUUAAGAGAUAAUUUUUCAACUGUCAUUAAAAAUCAAAAUGUGUGAUAUGAUAUAAGCGACGCAAGUUUGAUGUUGACGCAAUCGUUUGUUGUGUAGAAACAUUCAAACGUAUAUUUGUGUCAUGAAAUUUGGGAAAAGGCCAUGUUUUUAGUAAUCAAACUUGAAAUCAAUCAAUCAAUGUCCCUAAAAAAAUCAAGUGUAAAACGACCCUCAAGUGAGAUUUUGUUCAGCACCUUAGAUGAAGAAACAUUGCAAUUAGAGAAAAAAAAAAUAAAGUAGCUCACUGCGAGUCCAGUACCUUGAAAUUAAAAACUAUAAGAAUGAAUAAUUUUUUCAUUCAAAUAAAGACAAAAAUCAUCCGACAAUGGAAAAGCGUUUUUGAGACAUCCGGGUUAAAUAUUUAAUCCCCACCUAAACCUUUAGCGUUUUACGACGUAGGGCUUCUUCUUCAAAAGCAAUCACCAUUUUGUUCAAAUAAUUGAUUGAUUAUAGACAGAGAAUUGUUUAGGCCUAACUUGGUAAAUUGCAACUGUGCAUGCUGGAAAUGAUGCAUUGACAAGGAACAUGUUGAACAUAUCACAUUCAUACUAUGGGUUGCAGUGAAUUGACUUUAUCAAUGCCGAGGAAUCACUAAUCUUAUUUAACAUUGCGAGAUGUUAAAAAUAUAAUUACAAUAAAAAUGAUAU